AUGAGAUUUUCCGUUCUCUUGUCGCUGCUGCUGGCACUCUCUCGCGCAGCGUUACCAGCGGUUCUUGCGCAGAACCAGGUGUAUGAUUACGUGGGUCCCCCCGCACGCGGCAACGGCGGAGCUUACGGGGGGGCUGGGGGCUACGGGGGAGGCGGCGGGGGAAACAACGGCGGAGCGGCGGUGGGGCCGGGCGGAAACCGCUGGGGUGGAGGCGCAGGGGGCGGGUUCCCGAACGGCGCAGGGGGCGGUGGAGGCGGAGGGGGAGAAGGCGGGGGAGGUUACGGUGGUGGCGGGGUGAAUGGCUGGAAGGCUGGCGGAAGAGGGGGACCAGGCAUGGCUGGGGGAGGUUGGGGAGGGAAUGCCGCCGGGGGAAAUGCUGCUGGCGCGGGGAACUGGGGUGGCGCCGGCGCAGGCGCAGGCGGAGCUGGGGCGGGCGGAGGCCCCGCAAUGACUGGCACUGGCGCAGACCGGAACAGGUGGGGGGGGCAAGGGGGAGGGUAUGGGGGGGGAGGUGCUGGCGGUGCGGGGCAGUGGGGCGGAGGCGCUGCAGGGGGGAACAGGUGGGCGGGUGGUGGAGGCGGAGGAGGAGGGGGAGGUGGGGGCGGCGGAGCGUACAGUGGCGCGGGGGGGACCUGGGCGCAGGGGAAUCCGAACCAGGGUGGGCCAAAUGGGGCGCCUUGGGGGGGCGCUGGCGCAGGAGCAGGGGGAGGCGCAGGUAUGGGCGGAGGCAUGGGCGGCAUGGGCGGCAUGGGCGCAGGUGCAGGCGCAGGGGGCGCUAAUGGCGCUGGCUUCCCCGCCAUGGGAACAGGGGCAGGCGGGGGAUGGGGGCAAGGUGGGGGGGGGAACGCGGGCGGGGGAAACCCUGCUGGGUCAUGGGGCGCUGGGGGCUUUGGCCCUGGGGGAGCAGCAGGCGGAGGCAUGGAGGGGGCAGCAGGCGGCGGCAUGGGGGGAGCGGGAGGCGGAGGCAUGGGGGGAGCGGGAGGCGGAGGCAUGGGGGGAGCGGGAGGCGGAGGCAUGGGGGGAGCAGCAGGCGGAGGCAUGGGCGGAGGCAUGGGCGGGGGCAUGGGCGGAGCAGGGGGCGGGGGCAUGGGCGGAGCGGACAUGCAGGGGGGAGUGAUGGCGAAUGGAGGCCCAACGGGGUUGGCAGGGCAGCAAGCCUACGUGCAAGCACAACUAGAGCUUCUGCGGGAACAGGGGCACGGACCCUUGCCAGGGAUGGGCACGGAUUUCAGGACCUUUCCCCCCAUCACAGCGGAGGCAUGCUUGCCUUUAGUGAAUGAGUUUGUAGAGAGGAUGAUGGCGGAGCUGCCUAAGGGGCUGGAUAUUCAUGAUCGGAAGCAGGAGCCGAUUAAGGACCUGCUGUUCUUCCUGCAUGUGCCGCGCACGGGCGGACGCACCUACCACCAGUGCUUCCUGAAGCCGUUGUUUCCAGUGUCGCUGCGCUGCCCUCGCUCUUACGACGAGCUCCGCUUCGACCCAUCCAAGCCGCAGUGCCGGUUGCUGUCCACCCACGACGACUACUCGCUAAUGACGAAGCUCCCCCAGGCCAACACGUCAGUGGUCUCCUCCAUGCGCGACCCCGUGGACCGCGUGCUCAGCGCCUACGAGUUCACCGUCGAGGUUGCCUCGCGCUCGCUGCACUGGGUACCCUCCCUCAACCCCGGGGAGAGUUUGCUGGAAGCGCGGAGGAAUGCCAGGAAAAGGUUUUCGAGAGCGUCGCACGCGGAGACGAGGCGGGUGUGGCCGUGGAGCAUGCUCAUCCCUAUUAUGGAGGACGAUCUCUGGCUGCGGCGCAACACCACGGAGAUCCCACUGCCACCUGAGGGAUCGGAGUCACUGAACGGGUACGACAAGGCAUACCUGGUGAUGCCGCUCAUCGACUAUGUCAACAGCCCCGCCGCCAUGGACCUCAUUCACAACGGUGCCACCUUCCACGUGGCGGGCAUAACACAGAACUCCCGGUACCCCAACGCGCGCAUGCUGAGGCGCUGUGCGGCCACGUUCAAGGACUCGGCAGACAAGAUACUCACCCUCGCCAAGGCGCGUCUGGCGAACAUGCUGCAUGUGGGGUUGACAGAGGUGCACGAGCAGUCUGCCGUGCUCUUUGCUGCCACCAUCGGCCGAUCCCUGCACUCCGCACCACACCUCAACGAUAAUCCGAACCAGAGUCCAGAGGAAGCCAAGGCUGAGGCGAGUGUGACGUUGUUGGACCACUACAAGCGGUGUGUGGACAAGCAGCGGGAGCGGUACAUCACUCGCCGCAAGCAGGCCAUGACCGCGCUGGGGCCCCUCAACUUCUCGCACCAGGAGCGCAAGGGCAUUCGCAAGGAGGUGUUGCAGCGCAUUCGCGAGCUCAACAUGCUGGAUAGCGAGCUGCUGGACUUUGCCCGCCAGGUCUUCAAGCAACAGGAGGCGGCGUAUGCGGACAUGAUCAAGGCAGUGAUGGAGGAGUGGCCCAUGGACAACAACACAGACAACAGCCACAUCGGCCGCAGGAGACGCCUCUCCUCCUCCUAUGCCUCCCCUCGCAGCACCACCGACAGCAGCAGCAGCAGCAGCGGCAGAAUGUUUACAAGAGGGGGGGGAUUCGCCCCUGCUGCUGGUGGUGAUGCUGCGGCAUCUGGUGCUGCUGCUGACUCUGUGCCUGCUUCUUUGGCUGGAGAUGCUACCAGCAUGCUGCAACAAGGGGGUGAGGGUGAUGGUGGUGAUGAUGACGAUGGAUAUGGUGACGAUAAUGACUGCAUGUCCUACGCUUUUGAAGCAGUGGCUGGGCAAGCAAGCGACUUCUAG